GCAAGACUUUCAUUGAUGGAUUAAACAUAGGCAAUAACAUCAGAUAACACUAGGAUUGAACUUAGACAGUAUGAGAUAUGCUUAUGUAUGCAAAAGAACUUAUCAAUCAUGAUGCAAGCAGCAGAGACAUUCUACUCAAUUCUACAACACAUCCAUGAUGAUUCAAGCUAUGACAACACUCAAGACAAUGCAAUAAACAAAACAUGAGAUUCUGGGACUCUAGACACCACUCACAGCAUAAUAAAUAAAGACACAAGCUCUUAUUAAGGGUUAAGAGGUUUGCUUACAAACAAGAGAUCCGAGCUGAUCUCUUGAACCUCCAUGGGCACGGUUCACUUGAACUUGGCAUGAACUUGAUACUUGGAUUCAGUAUCCAACACCUUUCCUUGGUGUGCCCAUCCCUCUUGCAAUGCUCACUCUCCAAUGCUUCACUCUUCGGCUGGAUCACUCCAUGAUCAGCUUGCAAUGGUCUUGGUUUACAUUGCAUCACCCUCCUGGUGAUGCUCUUUCUUUGCAUGUCGACUGUCCUCUCUACACUCAUCUGAUGCGUAGGCUAUGGUGACUAAACCACCAUGGACAGAACCAUAAGUCAUCUCUCCAUUGUCACAACAUCCUCUCUACCCUCUUUGGAGCAGGCUGUGGACUUCCCACAGAAUGUUGGCAACAGGCUUCAUUUUACCAUUCUAUUGUAUGAUAAGGAUGAACUUCAAGACCAGGAGCACAUCACCCUAACAGCUGCGCUUAAAUCACUGAUCCAUCCUUUUGCUUUAAGCUUCAAGUACUCUCAGAUCACCGGCCUUCCUCAUGGCAUAGGUGGUGACCUUCUUCUUCUUGUGUGCCUUGAACCAGGAGCUCAACAACCUCGUGGCCUGCGCUUCUUAAACCGGCUUCUACACACAAGAACCUUCCCAUUGCUCCACACAAUGGUUGGUCUUCCGCUUGUAUGUCUUGAACCAGGAGCUCAACAACCUCGUGGCCUGCGCUUCUUAAACCAGCUUCUACACACAAGUAUCUUCCCAUUGCUCCACACAAUGGUUCAAGUCGUCCUCUUGUCUUGGAUAGGUGGUGAGUAAAGAACACUUCUUGUGAACCUGAAACACCACUCAAACUCCAGCAAGGAUAAGACACAAGGGUAUUGGGAUCAAUCCUUGAUUAAUCAUCAAGUUUGAUUCCCAAUCUCACAAGCAUUGCAACAGAUUAAAACAAGUCAUUUUCAAGUUCUAUCUUUGCAAGCAAUCUCUCUAAGCACAAGCAUUUUCAGAUUAUGCAAGCUACUUAGGCAUUUUCUAAUUGAUGCUAGACUUUCAUUGAUGGAUUAAACAUAGGCAUUAGCAUCAGUAAACAUAGACAUGCUUAUGUAUGCAAAACAGCUUUUCAAAACAUGUUGCAAGCAGUAGAGACAUUUUACUCAAUUCUACAACACAUUCAUGAUGAUUCAAGCUAUGGCAACACACAAGACAAUGCAA